CCGUCUCGCGCGCUCCACCCGUCCACCACAGCUGCCGUCAAAGUCCGGCGCGACACCCUCUCUCGCCUCUGUCGCAUCGUCGAGACCGCCAGCACCGACUCUUCGCAACUGCUCACGCACGACGCCGCACGCCUGCGCUGCGAGAGCCCGCCUCUCUGGCCCCUGUCGCACUGCUCCACUUGCGUGCGCACGGCCCGUCACAGCACUCCGACCUCGCGCACACCUCGCCGGCGCAUCGAUCCGCCAUGGCUAGCACCUCGGCGCUCUCGCGCCGCGCUGUGGACAGCAUGGCCGCUUCGGGUGCCGCCGGCGAGGCCGCAGCCGCUGCCGAGUUCGCAGAGAAGAAGUACGUCUGGCUGCCGGACAAGACGGCCGGCUACCUCUCCGCAUGGGUCGUGCGGGAAGAGGACGGCGGCGAGACGAGCGUGUGCAGCUUGGCUGAUGGCUCGAUCCGCAACGUGCCCACCUUCGAGCUCUCGAAGAUGAACCCGCCCAAGUUCGAGAAGGCCGAGGACAUAGCAGACCUGACCUUUCUGAAUGAGGCAUCCGUGGUGCACAACCUGCGGCAGCGCUACUUCUCCGGCCUCAUCUAUACCUACUCCGGCCUGUUCCUGGUCGCGGUGAACCCCUACCACGCGCUGCCGAUCUACACAGACGCGAUCAUCCAGUCGUACAAGGGCCGGCGGCGGGAGGAGAACGCGCCGCACGUGUUCGCGCUGGCAGACGUGGCCAUGCGGAACAUGCUCGAUGCGCGUGAGAAUCAGAGCUUACUCGUGACGGGCGAGUCCGGCGCAGGCAAGACUGAGAACACAAAGAAGGUCAUCCAGUACCUCGCCGCCAUCGCGGCCGAUCCCUCCGCGACCGGCGCUGGCGUCGUGGCCUCGCCGCCGAAUGGAGCCGGCGCGCCCGGCGGCAUCCUCACGCGCAGCCACAGCUCGCGCCACGUGCUCGACCAGCUGCGCGGCCUCGAGGCGGUGGGCUCGAAGCGGCUGGGCCUGCUCGAGCGGCAGAUCCUGCAGGCGAACCCGAUUCUCGAGGCAUUCGGCAACGCGCAGACGAUCCGCAACAACAACUCGUCGCGCUUCGGAAAGUUCGUGCGCAUCGAGUUCACGAGCCUGGGCGCGAUUGCGGGUGCCAAUGUGGACUGGUACCUGCUGGAGAAGAGCAGAGUGACGAACCGCAGCGACAAGGAGCGCUCCUUCCACGUCUUCUACCAGCUGCUGCGGAGCGGAGACGACGCGCUGCGGAAAAAGCUGCUCCUGAGCGACAAGCCGGAGCACUAUGGCUACCUCAAGUCCUCGCGGCAGCAUGUCGAGGGCAUCGACGACACGUCCGAGUGGCAGGUGCUGCUCGAGGCGCUGGCGAUGGUCGGCUUCACGCCCGAGGAGCAGGGCAACCUGUUCCGCGUCAUUGCUGCGAUCCUGCACGUGGGCAACAUCGAGCUUGCCGACGACCGCUCGGAGCAGGCGCGCAUCACCAACUCGCCGCAGGUCGAGAAGGUGUGCCACCUGCUCGGGCUGCCCGAGCAGGAGCUCACCAAGGCGCUGCUGCGCCCGCGCAUCAAGGCGGGCCGUGAGUGGGUGGCGCAGGCGCGCACCAAGAAGCAGGUCACCGACGAGAUGGCCGCGCUGUGCAAGACGCUGUACGAGAAGAUGUUUGCCACCAUCGUCGACCGCAUCAACCAGGCGCUCGACCGGCCGACGUCCAAGAGCACCUUCAUCGGCGUGCUCGACAUUGCAGGCUUCGAGAUCUUCGAGAUCAACUCGUUCGAGCAGCUGCUGAUCAACUUUACGAACGAGAAGCUGCAGCAGUUCUUCAACCACCACAUGUUCGUGCUCGAGCAGGAGGAGUAUGCACGCGAGGACAUCGAGUGGGACUUUGUCAACUUCGGCCUGGACCUGCAGCCGACGAUCGAUCUGAUCGAGUCGACGAGCCCGAUCGGCAUCCUGUCGUGCCUCGACGAGGAGUGCAUCAUGCCCAAGGCGUCGGACCUGACCUUCACCGAGAAGCUCAACCGGCUGUGGUCGACAAACAAGGACGGCACGCCGCGCGACACGGCCGGGCUGGCGCUCGCCACUGAGCGGGGCGUUGCGCACGGCUCGACGAAGUACGCGCCCGCGCGCUUCGCACAGGGCUUCACGGUGAAGCACUACGCCGGAGACGUCGAGUACCGCACCGACGGCUGGCUCGACCGCAACAAGGACCCGCUCAACGACAACCUGACGCGCGUCAUGAGCGAGUCGACGGACCGCUUCGUCGCAAGCCUCUUUGCGGAAUUCGCUGUCGACGACGAGGCCGUCGCCGCGGCCGCGCUGGCCGCCUCGCAGCCUGGCGCCGUUCCGACAGGGCCCAAGCGGCGCGUGCGCCGCGGCGCAUUCCGCACUGUCGCGCAGCGGCACAAGGAGCAGCUCACUUCGCUCAUGACGCAGCUCGGUUCGACGCAGCCGCACUUCGUGCGCUGCAUUGUGCCGAACAGCGAGAAGCGGCCCGGCAAGAUGGACGUGCCCAUCGUGCUGGACCAGCUGCGCUGCAACGGUGUGCUUGAGGGCAUCCGCAUUGCGCGUCUCGGCUACCCGAACCGGCUGCUCUUCACCGAGUUCCGGAAUCGCUACGAGGUGCUGACGCCGGGCAUCAUCCCGCGCGGCUACAUGGACGGGCGCAAGGCGUGCCAGCGCAUGGUCGAGGCGCUCGAGCUCGACCGCGCCGCGUUCAAGGUCGGCCUCACGAAGAUCUUCUUCAAGGCUGGUGUGCUCGCCGAGAUGGAGGAGCGUCGUGACUCGCACCUCUUCGACAUCUUCUCGCGCUUCCAGGGCGCGUGCCGCAUGUUCACGGCGCGCCGCCAGAUGAAGAAGAUCCUGAACCGCGCCGCCGCGGUGCGCACGAUCCAGCGCAACGCGCGCCUGUAUGUGCAGCUGCGCGAGUGGCCCUGGUGGCAGCUCUACACCAAGGUGCGGCCGCUGCUGACGGGCACGCGGCACGAGGAGGAGCUCAAGCGCAAGGCCACUGAGCUGGCGCUUAUCACGGAGCGUGCCGAGCGAGACCAGCGCGAGCGCGAGGCCCUCGAGGCCCUCAAGUUCAGCCUCGAGGCGGAGAAGAAGCGCGUCGAGGAUGCCCUCGAGGCCGAGCGCUCGCUGUUGGCCGACAAGGAUCAGCUGUUGGCGCGCUCGAAGGAGCGAGAGUCGCAGCUUGAGGAGGAUCUUGCAGCUAUGCAGGUCGACGUCGACCAGCUCGACAGCCAGCUCGAGCGCGCACUCGUGGCUCAGCGGACAUCCGAGACGAGCCGCGCAGAGCUCAAGACCGCCUUCGAUGCUGCGGCAGAACACCUUCUACGCCUCGAGCAAGAGCAGAAGGCGUGGCAGCAGCGCGAAGCUGGCCUCGUGGCCGACCUCGAGCAGCGCUCGAGCGAGCUCGUUACGCUCGGCAACCAGCGCUCCUCGCACGCUGCAGAGCGCGCCGAGCUUGAUCGCAAGCUUGCAGAGAAGGAGCAGGACGUCCAGCGCGCUGAGCAGCGCAUGGCCGCAGCCGUUGCAGAGCUGGAGGCAAAGCUCGCGAGCGAGUCGCGCGCACGCGAGACGGAGCGGCUGAAGGCCACCAAGCUCGAGGAGUCUUCCCGGCAGUCCUCGCACCAGCUCGCGGAGCUGGCGCGCAGCUCGGCUGACUUCGAGGCACAGCUGCAGAAGCGCGAGGCUGAGAAGUCGGAGCUCUCGUCCCAGAUCGCUGCGAUCACGCGCGAACGCGACAGCCUCGCCCGGCAGAUCAGCGAGCUGCAAGUUCGCGUCGAGACGCUGACGCAGGAUGUCAAGUCUGCGCAGGGCGAGACGCGGCGCGCUCAAGACUCGUCGGCGCAGCUCCAGCGCGAGCUCGACGAGACGCGCAGCCUCAUGGACGCCAAGACGUCGGAGGACUCGAAGCAGAAGGAGCUGCAGCGCCUCAAGGAGCAGGAGCUGCAGGGCCUGCGCUCCGACAUCGCCGCGCUGCAGAAGCAGAAGGCCGAGCAGGAGCACUCGACUGCCGAGCGCGUCACCUCGCUGCGGGCCGAGGUCGACGCAGCGCGGCGAGAACACGCCGAGCUCACGCGGUCACACCAGGACCUCACCUCGAGUUCAUCGGCCACAGACCGCCAGCUUGCCGAGGCGACCGCUGCUGUCGCUGCCGCCGAGCAGGCCAAGCGUGCUGCGCAGGACCAGCUCGACGAUGUGCGGACCCGUGCGCACACUGCGGAGCAGGGCCUGCAGGAGGCACGCAGCGCGCACGAAGCCAGCGAGCGUCAGCUCGCGGCAUCUGCGACAAAGCAGCGCGACUUCGAGGACGCCAUCCUCGCACUCGAGCGGGGCCAGGGCGCCUGGAAGGCCAAGGCGGACCAGGCUGCUCUGGAGCUGUCUGCGGAGAGCAAGCGGAGAGAGCUGCUUGAGAGCGGCGCGCGCCAGCACGAGCGCAACCUGACGACGCUGCAGCAGCAGCACACGAUGAAGGACGCCGAGCUGGCGCGUCUGCGCGAGGUUCUGGCCGCCACGCAGGCCGAGCUCAAGACGGCGCAGUCGAUGACCAACAAGACGAUCGUCGAGCACGUGCACGUGCUGGAAGAGGCCAAGAAGUACACGGACCGCCAGCUCGCCGACGCACAGAGCAAGCUGCAGGAGCUCGCGCACUACACUAAGACGCUGGAGAAGUCCAAGGCACGCCUGAUCUCGGACAACGAGGACCUGACGCGCGAGGUCUCGCGCCUCUCGCAGGCUGACCGCACGGUGCUGAAGAAUGUCGCGAGCAGCAGUGCGGCGAACUCGUCUGCGGGCACAGGCAGCGAGAGCCGAGCUGUGCGCACGCUCGAGAACAAGCUGGCGGAGGCCAACCGCGAGCUGCAGUCUGCGCGACGCGACCGGGACAGCGCCCAGUCGGAUGCGCGCCGCAAGGAUCUGCAGCAUUCGGAGGCUCUGAGCCGCUCGCAGCAGGCGUAUGAGAAGCGCAUUGCCGAGCUUGAGCGCACGCUGAACGGCUCGCACAACACCUUCUCGAACCUGUCGGAGCUUGUCAAGGCAGGCUCGGGCGACGAUCGCGACCUGCGCAAGCGGCUGCUCGAGCAGCUCAAGGCCGGCAACGAUCAGCUUGAGCAGGACAUGUCGAGCGCGCUCAGCCGGACACGCAACGGCGCGAGUGCCGCACACGUCGUGCCGCCGCCGCUGCUUGGCGCAGCAUCCGCAAGCCCGGGCGUGUCGAAUGCGCGCGCGUUUUACGAGUACGGCAACGUCGCACCCAGUGCUCGCAACGGCACUGCGCCUGCUGCUCUCAAGCGCGGCUCGGUCGACUUUGCCGGUGCCUCGCGCGCCAACGACGAAGCACGCCGGGCGCAGAUCGCGGCCGAGGCACAGCUCGCCGAUGCCCGGCAGCGCCUGGAGCGCGAGACACAGGCGCGCCGGGAGGACAGCACUGAGCGCGCGCGGCUGGAGAACUCGAUGCAGGAGAUGCAAAUCAACCACGCCUCGCUCUCUGCGGCUGUGGCGGAGGCGCGCGACUCGGCAGUCAAGGCGCAGAAGGCGCACAGCGCCGCGAACCUGCAGCUCAACGACGCCGAGCGGGGCAUGCGCGAGCAGAACGAGAUGCUGCAGCAGCGCGACGAGCACAUUGCCUACCUCGAGCAGGAGCUGCAGGCCCUCGAGACGCGCCUGCUGAGCGGCGACUCGCGCGCCGAGUCGCUGCUGCAGGCCAGCCGCGAGCGCUUCAAGGUCGAGCUCGAGAGCGUCGAGGCCGAGGUGGAGGCCCACCGCCGCUCGCUGCAGUCCGUGCGCGACGAGAACCUGAACCUGCGUCUUGUCCACGAGGAGCUUGCACGGACACGGGCCGAGCUGGCCGAGACGCAGGCGGCCUACGAGUCGCUGUGUGACGAGGCGGGCGUGGACAGCGACAUCAUCAUGUCGCUGCAGCGCGCCGUGUCGAAGUACAAGCAGGUCGCCGACGACCACAUGAGUCGCUGGCAGGCGGCCUCGCGCGAGCUCGAGACGCAGACCGCCACGCUGCGGCGCAGCAACACGGUGCGCGCCGGCAGCGUGCCGCCCGUGUCGCCGAACCGCUCGGCGAUGCCGAUGGCGAUGCAUCGCUGAGCGACGCUCGCCGCGCCCUCUGACGCAAACCCCGGACCCGUUUCUAUCCGCUCCUCGACGCCAGCCCAUCGUACCCCGCUGCUGCCCAUGUAUUUUCCUCUGCUCCGCCAUGCAUGAUUGGAGACCCGAG